GAGGAGUUGCCAGAGCGUUUGCGCGACUGCGCUUGCCUCAUCACAUUCAAUCACUAGCAAGAAAGAGCUCAGGGUUAGUCGUUCAGGAGCUCACCACGCGCACGUCGCCGGACUUGACUCAGUUGGAUAGUACCAUUUGGAUCCUCCUCGUUGACAGCACUCGUUUGAGCUCUCUCUGGCGAGGAAUGGUGUAGUGAGGUGGGAGGGAGGGAGGGAGGGAGGGAGGGAAGGAGGGCGAGAGAGAGAGCGAGCGAGAGAGAGAGAGAGAGACAGAGAGAUGGAGAGGAGGUCGUUGUUUGUGAUAGCGGAUUGGCGAUGGAUUUGAGGCACAAACGUUUGGCGAGAGCUGAUGAGGGCACUAGGGUGCGUGUGCUAUGAGCGGAUGAGGUGAAGGUAUAUAGAAGUGUGGGGGCAAGGAAGCCAGAGGGGUGGGAGGCUGGGAAGAGAGGUGAUUUAGAACGCGGUUGGCGGUUGGUGGUUGGCGGUUGAGGUUAGGGUUGGAACAGGGGAUGCAGACAGAGGGUUAGAUAGCAACCGCAAAGGAUCGCAGAGGCGGAGGCAGGUUGAAGCUGUUCCGUUACCCGCAGAGUGCCUUAGCGGAUGGUCGGUGCGGGCGAGCGGGUGAGGCAAGUGGAGUGGUAUGAAUGUUUGAAUAAUGUGGCGCUAGGGUUUUGAGAAAGGAGGAAGUCAUUGCGAACGGAAUAUUGCAAAUGAGAGUGAGGUGCGUGAGGCGGAUUCAGGGCGAUGUUGGCAGAUGUAGAGGCAGGGGAGCGUGCGACGCGGGUGUUGUGGCGAGGAGAUUGUUUUAUGUGAUACAUGAUGUGUUCGAUGCAGCGUAGUGCGCUCCGCAGUGGCGGCUUUUGAGGGUGCGAGGAGAGGCGUUGGUGUGGGAGGGGAGGCAGGAGACGCUGCGCCAUGGUUGCCCCGGAGAGGGAGAUGGGCAGUAUGUACUUCGUCGAGGCGUUGUGUUUUUCUGAAUUUGCAUUGGGGCUCGCUGGCCUGCCCGCGCUUAGCUCCGGGCUCCUUGGGGCUGUUUUCAGGUAAUUUCAUCAAUCCUGUAGUAAUAUGAUAGUGCAAGGGAACUCGGACUGUUUUGCAGAUUUCAUUCCAGUUCCUGGAAUCUAGUUGAUUGAUUUUGUGUUGCCGACGAAUUCUCCAUGCAAGGUACGUCAGAGUUGUAGGAAGAGUUCUAAUCGUUUAAUCUCAUGAAUUCAUGUUGUCAGGUCGUGUGCAAUGAUCCUUUUCGUAUUUAUUAGUUCAUAUGUUGUUCAGGAAAGCGUUGAAUAUUUCUAUGCGUCUGAUUUGUUUGAGCACACGUGAGUUAUGAGGUUUUUUCUUUCUACGGUCACGUUGUAAGUAGAAGUUUGCCCUAUUUGUCGUGAGAACUCUUGUAGUGCGUGCCUGUGUGUACUUUGUGAUUUUUUUGACCGUUAUUCUAUUUUAGUUAAUUUUUCCGACGUAGAUACAGGUAAGUUUUGCUGAUCUUCGUUGUAUCUUUGGAAAAUUUUCGUUGCGUCCCAUUGAGUUGGACGUGCGUGUUUUUCGUUCCAUCUCUGCGUUUCUCUCACUAGCUGAGUUUGUCUUGGAAAUGAACGAAGUGAACACUUCAGCAAUUUCAACCUAAUUAUGUGCACGGUUUUGUUGAUGGUGCAGUGUUUUAUAAGCUAGUCAAAGCGUGCUAGGGUGUCUUUUGAAUUUUUUGGUAAUGUUGUAAUUGAUAUUUUAGCCGGUUUUAAACUACUCUAUGUUAUUCUUUUCAUUGGUAACGUACUUGCCUGACUUGUCCAAAUUUCUAAUGAUUAACAUGGCAAAGUGGUCGCGGGCUCGGACUCCAGUGUGUGCAUGUUCUAACAUGUUCUUAAUAAGCGCCCAUUUCAAAUGUACACUCGAAAUCGCGUACUUUUUUUCUUCUUCGCCUUGGAUUGUCGUUUGAAAUCAAUAUGAAACAUUGAUGAUAUAGUGAGAUACUUCUUCAAUAAGUGUAGAUUUUUCUGUUGAACGAAACUAGGUUGUCAGAUACUUCCUUGUCUUGUAUAUGUGUUUUUAAGAAAUUUGAUUACGCAUGUCGUUGAUGCCUUUGUGUUCAUAUCUGCGAUCAGCAUUUAAUUCAAUAGGUUCUUUGAUUAGUGCACUGUCCACCUUACAGGUUUCGUGAACUGUUGCAUCAUUUGUUCAUUCUCUCUAUCUUCUAUAAUUCAGCUCAUCGUGUUUCUUGGGAUGAUUCGUUUACCUGUCUCUCUCCUCUGUCCUUGAUGAGUUACUGCAUCUUUUUAGUGUGUUGGAGGAUCUUACCGUGGACGGGUUAAUUAAUCCUAUGCGGUUUCUGAAGCUAACCAGGUUGUUUAUUUUAUUUAUUUAUUUAUUUUCAUUUCUUGUUAUUGAUUGGAAACUGUCAAUUGUUGUAUCUUCAAUGCAGGAGAGUACCUCUUGGUAGGAAAGAAAUAAGCAUCUUUUGAUUACUUUGGAGGGGCUACUGGAUUUUAGAGUCAAGUAGAACGUGAGAAGAAAACAUUCCGCCGCAUUUUAAUGUUUGUUUGUGGAACAGAUUAGUUCCCACAAUUUUAGCAUGAUGGUUAUCAAGGAAUUGACGAUAAUUUCUGUUUAGAUUUUGAAGUAGAACAUCAAAUCGAUACCGCCGCUUGUUCAGGUGGUAGAGUUGAAGUCGUGGAAGUGGCAAAUCUUCUAAUCUCUGUUGGAGCUACCAACAACUGCUUUUGCGCGAUAUCUGCUCGCACUCUACCCUCAGGAAGACGAAGGCACAUGCAGUUAGCACAUCUCCUGCUUCGGUGCAACUCUUUCCAUGGCUUCGCAAGGUCUGAGAUACUUUGUGGACUGGGAAGAACAAUUUAUUUCACACGACAGAGGGAGUCGUGUGGUCCACUACUACCUGAAGGAUCGCCAUGGUCAAAAUUCUUUGGCUGUGAUAGGAACAGAGAGAAGCCUUCGACACAUGGUAUAUGUUGUCUGCGACGACUUCCUUCCACUUGCUGGAUUGGACAAAACAGCAACCUCCGCUUUCAAGUGGAGAGCUCGCCGUGAAGUUGUGGAAUGGUUGCAGACGUUGCUGACAAAAACUCGCUCAACUUCUUCCGAACAGUACCUUAGCUCAGGGUCUCCAAGCACGGAACCGGGAGCAUCGUCAGAGGUCGAUGCCGUGAUGGAGGAGACUGAUGAAGCUCUGGAAAGUGGCCAGGAAGAAAAACGUCGUGGUUUCCUUGAACGUAAUGUGAGACGUCAAGUGAAUGUCGAGAAAGGAGAUUUUGUUUGGGGUCCCAGCAUCUGGCGCAAGCGGCUGCGGCAUUUUCAAUCUUUUACUCGCAAUGGCAUCACUAUUUCGGUGCACGCUUUUGUUUAUGUGUUGACCGAAGAGGAGCGCCAUAUUGCUUACGUUGAAGACAUGUAUGAAGAUAGAAAAAUGAAAAAAAAGUUGCGAGUGCGGUGGUUUCACAAAACAAACGAGUUAGCUUGCAAAAUCCCUCCUCCUGCUCCACAUGCACGAGAAGUGUUUUACACGUCUUUUCCCCAGGUUCUGAGCGUUGAAUGCGUGGACGGUGUUGCUACAAUUUUGAACCCAGAACACUUCGAGUCAUGCAGCAAAGUGCUGCACAUAGAUGCUGCUGUGCAAAUGCAUGUCUGUUCCCGCCAGUUUGAUAGCAACGAGGGAAUCAAGCCUUUUAAUAUAAUGGAAGUGAAGGGGUACUGGCAACAAGAAGUUUUAUCACAUAUUGGAGUAAGAGCUUCUUCUGGAUUUACUUGGUCCCUUCCACAUCCUGAGCCAGGAAGUGAAGAACUUGAAAUGGAGGAGGAGGAGGAAGCUGAACCAGGAAAUGUGAUAAGACGUGGACCACGGACUGCAAGAUCCACUAGACGUAGAGUAGGGUUCAGCUCACGCAUGCGGGGUGGGGAUUCUGGAAAUGUUUCUUCUUGGGUAACUUCCUCAGUUGAUAAAGCGUACGCUGCUGGUAACGGAGCCGUUGUCGCGGGUGAUCCAGGACACACUUCAACCAGCGAUGCAAGGCCCCCUCCCACAGGUAGAGUUGACAAAAUGGACGGGGGUAUGAAUUCUCUUGAGCAUCGUCUUGAUUUCAAGGUUGGUGAUGAAGUUGAAAUACUCUCUCAGGACAGUGGAUUACGAGGUUGCUGGUUUAAAGCGACAAUUACUAGAAGAGUGUCUAAACGUUUGAAAGUUCGAUAUGAUAAGCUGCAGAAUGAAGACGGUGAAGGAAAUCUUGAGGAAUGGGUGUCUGCUUGGCGAUUGGCAGGGCCUGAUAAGUCAGGGAUGCGUGUGGCAGGCAGAACUACCGUUCGGCCUUUUGCCUCAUUCAAUGUUUCUGCCGGAGAGUGUAAUAUCGGGCAAGCUGUUGAUGCAUGGUGGAAUGAUGGAUGGUGGGAAGGAAUUAUCAUCAACAAAGAAUCCUCUGGGGAUAUUCAAGUGUAUUUCCCAGGAGAAGGAGAUACAUGUUCCUUUAAAAUAGAAGACUUACGCACAUCAAGAGAUUGGGUUAACGAUUCAUGGAUUGACCUUCUUUGCAAUCCUGAUGCAGUAAAAGUAGCCGCACAUCUGAAACCUGAGACACCUCGGAUCGUAAACGAAGUUCGGACAUCCAUUGUGAAGCAACAACCCCGUGCUGUUCCAGUUCCAUUGAAGGUGGUAUAGGAAAGCCGUUGUAGAUUGAUAGUACAUAACUUAGCUCAGGGAGGGUGAACAUGAUUUUGUUGCAUAGUUUGAAGAGGUCGUGAGCAUGAUGAUGGUUUCCUUUUUUUACCUUCAGAUUACUCCAUGACGGAAGAUACUGUUUUUGCACGGAUUAGUUCAAGUGUACAGUCAUGGACUUGACCUCUUGGUGUAGCCUCCACUAAAGUUUUCUCAGAUUGGGUCUCACCAAGCAUCUCAAUUAUUUGGAAAGUUGCGACAUGAAUCCCAGUAUCUUUCGAGGGGAACAUUCGCCUUCUUCAUUGGUCGCUUGUUUUUCUCCUACCACUGCUGUACCUCAAAGCACAGGUUUGCAAAUAUAUUCUGGUAAUUUAGAUCUCAUUGGAAUUUACUCUAAA